AUGAUGGUUGGUAAGUCUAUCCUGAAGUUUCCAUUUCUUAGUCUCAGAAAAAAUAUUUCGGAAAGUGUUGUUCCUAGGAUUACAAUAUCGAUGGCCAUGCUUAAACCAAUCAGUGUUAUAAUGCCAAAGGUUCUAAGUGACAAUCUCUAUAAAGGGGCGAUGGCGCUUGCGACCUGCCCAUUUGGUGUUGGAGAUAGGAUCAAAAUCGACAAGUAUGAUGGAGUUGUAAAGAACAUAAGUUUCUGGUAUGUGAUGCUGGAAAGAGGAAAGGGGUAUGUGUUUAUACCUACAUCUCACAUUUACAACACUGUUAUCGAGAUGUUCAAAUAA